AUGCCCAAGUUCUUCUGCGACUAUUGCGAUGUCUACUUGACGCACGACUCGAUGAGUGUGCGCAAGGCACACAACAGCGGACGUAACCACCUUCGUAAUGUCGUGGACUACUACCAACAAAUCGGUCACGAGAAGGCGCAAUCAGUCAUCGACUCCAUCACAUCCUCCUACGCCGCCGAGGGCCAGGCGCACAACAACCCCAUGCUACCGCAGAACCAGCCCGGCGGCGGCGCGUUCCCACCCCCAGGCAUGCCCUUCUCCUUCCCCGGCGGUGUGCCUCCGCCGCCCUUUCCAGGCAUGCCAGGUGCUCCGCCCGGCCAGUUCCCGCAGGGCAUGAUUCCUCCCCGCCCCGGAUCCGGCCUACCAAUGCCGUCCUUCCCACCACCAGGCGGCGCGACCAACACGCCUCCCCUGCCGAUUCCCCCUCCCGGGGCCGGUGGCCUCCCCUUCCCUCCUCCUGGGGGCCUACCGUUCCCGCCCCCGGGAGCCGCGGGCCUGCCGCCGAACUUCCCCUUCCCUCCUGGCGGACUUCCGCCUCCUGGAGCAGGCUUCCCACCGAUGCCGCCUUUCAACGCCAAUGGACCGCCGCCGCCGGGACAGGGCCCUCCUGGCGCGGACAGAUGA